AUGUUUGAAGGAACUAUUCGAAGCAACUUGGAUCCUCUUGAAGAGUAUACAGAUGAUAAGAUUUGGGAGGCUCUUGAUAAGUGCCAGCUUGGAGAUGAAGUGAGGAGCAAGGAAGGGAAGCUUGACUCAUCAGUGACUGAGAAUGGAGAGAACUGGAGUGUGGGUCAAAGGCAGCUGGUGUGUCUAGGGCGUGUGCUACUGAAGAAAACAAAAGUCUUGGUUCUUGAUGAGGCUACUGCAUCAGUUGACACAGCAACUGAUGGAAUGAUUCAGCAAACACUUGCACAACACUUUACAGACUCCACGGUGAUUAUGAUUGCUCAUCGUAUCACUUCUGUGCUUGAUAGUGACAUGGUUUUGGUUCUAGAACAAGGUCUGAUUGAUGAAUAUGAUUCUCCAACAAAGUUGCUGGAAGAUAAAUCGUCUUCGUUUGCAAAGCUUGUUGCUGAGUAUAGUAUGAGAUCUAAUUCAAAUUUUGAAAAUUAGCAUCAAUGUAAUGUGUUGGUAACAAGGGGAGUGCUUGAUGAUAUGAUCAUGGCACAUAGGAAGCUAAAUGGAUUUGGUGGACAGGGUCGCCCUUUUUGGAUACUACUAUAAGCUUAAUGUAUUUCUACUGUUUUUCUGGAUUUUCAAUGUGUGUAAGCAUAAAUAGUUUUUUAUAGUAAGCUGUUAAGAUUGCUCAAGAGCAUGCUUAAAAUCGAAGAUGUUUGUUUGAUCAACUUUGGUGUUGAGUUUUUAGUUGCGGAGAGCUGAUAAUUAAUGGCUU